GCGAGCGCAAUCGGCGUCUCGUUCACCUUCGCCUCGUGACACAUUGGAUCGCACCCUCUCGUCCGUAUUUCGUUUUGAAGCCCCGAUGGCUGAACCCCGACGCGUGGACGAGGACGAGCGGGAGCGCGCAGAGCCGCCGAACGGGAGCCCGGCAACAGAUCACCCUGACGGAGCCAAGGCUGAGCGGCUCCAUUCCUGUCAAGGACCUCUGUCCUCUAUACGAGCUGCUAUCAAACGAACACGAACUAAUUCUCAGGGUGAUCACUGCAGAGACAGAAGGCGACCAGAGAUCACCAUCGUCUCAGCAGAGCCUCUGGCCAACAACAGCUGGUUCCCAGAAACCUCUGGGGUUUCAGCUUCCCGGUCACACUGGCCUGCAGGCAUCCACGCUGUCUCGCAGCGCCCGCCGUCCUACAACCAGGUGAUUCUAGAGAAGACUCACGAGGAGAAGGGCGUCCGGCCCACCGCAGCCCCCCGCCGGUUCACCUGCACCGCCACAAGCGCCACACAGACAGAUCCUACCAGGGCGGUCCCACAAUGCACUGCUGCCCCACAGCUGCCUAAGAAACCACCUGCUGUGAAGAAGCCACAAAAACCACCAAGGCCAUCACCACCAAAACCACUGGACAAAGAAACUGCUGGAAAUAAUUCAGUCCAGAGCUCAGCAUCCACCAAGGACCAGAACGACUCUAAGCCAGAUGUGAAGCGACUCAGUCGACCUGAAGCGUUCAUCAGAUCAGUCACUGUACACUGGGAUCGUCCUACAGAGAACCUUUCUGCUGCCUCAUCUUCAGACGCAGAACCCAGUCAACGGCCGGUUCCACUUCCACGCAUAAAAUCCCGAAAGCAGGCAGUUAAAGAAGAAGAAGAAGAAGAUCCAAUUUUGGUCAAACUCAGUGACAAUAGUCCCCACAUUCAUUCAGGUUCACAGAACGUCUCCACAAAUGAGUAUUUAAAGGAGCUGUUGGAGGUUUUCAGUGCCAGAGACGAGUGUGAAGGGAGGUGUGACACCGUUAACCAACCUGGAGGUGAAGAUGCUGUUGGAGACAUGAGCGACAACCAAAGUCAACGCAACAUCUGGGCCAGGAUCCAGGCCUUCGAGAGCCAGACGAGCCCCGAAGAUGGAAAUGCUGCUGAAGCAGCCAAACCACAGCUUCCAGCUAGGAAGCCGUCCAUCAGACCACCCAUUGCAGCGAAACCCCCCGUGGCUUUCAGACCUCAGGCUGACAGCCUCGUCGAUGGGUUCAGUCAAAAGGCAUCCAACGCAGACGCCCUACAAAUGUCGACGUCGGACCCCCGGCCUCAUCGGACCCCAGGCCUCAGCUUCCCUCCAAAACCUUGGGGGGCGCCUAUAAAAGACGAGCUGGAGGAGCUUUUACAAAGCAAGGCAGCCGGCACAGAAAAGCCCUCUACCCCCGCGCUGUCCAAGGCCAAUAGCUUCUUUGAAGCAGGAGCCUCCGCGGUUCCUCCGACACCUCCAGUGAAGCCUUUUAAGGAACCUCUGAAGCCCAACCUUAACAUUAACAACCAUAACUCGGCUUCUUUGUUCGAAGAGAACACAUACAUCAACAGUCUCUCAGACAGUUUCCCAGUGAAGCCCCAGUGGAGCGCAGACAACGUUGGAGGCUCUACCAGCAGACAAAGCAUUCCAAGGAGGCCGACAACCAUCAGGGUCCCCAGCAAAGUGGGCUCACUGGCAGACAACUUCGUGGACAAUCCCCCACCUCUUCCCAGUCAGAGCGCUGUAAGCUCCCUGAGCCAGAGGCCAGUCCCCUCCCUCCCCUUCCAGGACCCGUUCCAGUCCAACCCAGCGCCGUCGCUACCGCCGCGGAGGACCAAAACUCUGCCGCCUCGCCCAUCACCUGCCAAAUCAGGCCCAGGAAGGCCUCCCCCGCCGAGCCUUCAGGUCACAGGUCGCUCUUUGUCAACACCGUGGGAGACUUCCCCCAAACCUGAGCGACAGGUGCCCCCGAGGAGAGGGCUUCUCGUGCCUCCAAGGCCCAGGCCAGGCCACUAUCUCUACAACAAAUACACCCUUGAACUUCCUCAUGGGAUUGCAGGCUUUGACUACACUGCUAGAGUCCCAGGGGAGUUGUCAUUUGAGAAAAACGAAGUCCUUCUGCUGCUAGAUGAGAUUGACCAAAAUACUUUUGAGUGUCAAGCGGGAGACGUCAAAGGCAGCGUCCACAAGUCUUGCAUUAAGGUCGUUACACCUCUCGGUGCAGACGUCGCCUCAUCACAGGGGUUCAGUCAUGAGGCUUCCAGCUCAGAUGAUUAUGGGCAAAGGGUGCAGGUCCUGUACAACUUCAUACCAGAGGGAUCAGGAGAGCUGGAGCUGAGAGAAGGCGACGUCGUGACCAUGGUGGAGCAGGUGAACGAGGAGUGGUACAAAGGCACUUGUAGGGGAUCUACUGGUUUCUUCCCCAUCAACUACGUCAAACCACUGUCGGAUUCACCAAAAUCUCCACCUAGAAGGAAGCCAAAACCACCAUCAACAACAAUCAGCGGUCCGCGCUGUGUGGCCAGGUUCGACUUUGAGGGGGAGCACAGUGAUGAGCUGUCGUUCUCUGAGGGGGAUGUGAUCCAGCUGAAGGAGUACGUCGGGGACGACUGGGCUCGAGGGAAGCUGGGUGUCCUAACCGGAAUCUUCCCUCUCAACUUCGUGGAAGUCAUCGAGGACCUGCCUCCAGCUCCCAGCCAACAGCCGACCCUGCCCCCGCGGAGGGAACCGCCUGGAAUGGUUGCUUCACCGAGUGCACGUCCUGCUGGGGCAUCUCAGUCCAGUGGGAACUGGGUGGUGGCUCUCUACGAUUAUGCUGGGAAGUCACCCGAAGACCUGUCCUUUCAGCAGGGCGACUACAUCCUGCUCAUCCAGCAGGUGGACUCAGAUUGGAGCUACGGCAGGCUCAACGGCAGAGCAGGCGUGUUCCCCAGGUUAUAUGUCGAGGAUGCCCCAGAUCAGCGGUCAUCCAAUAACCAGCAGAGCAAACCUGCUGGUGGUGUGAGAGCCAGGGCGCUGUAUGACUUCAAUUCAAACUGUCAGGAGGAGCUCUCACUGCAGGUGGGGGAUGUUAUAACCAAUUUGGAGUCGAUUGACGGAGAAUGGUUCUUGGGUGAACUGAGGGGCAGACGAGCCCUGGUCCCCAAAAACUAUGUACAAGUACUGAACUGACAGGUGGCCUUCACUGGAACAAAGGACACCGCUGAAAGAGCCGAACUGAAACAAGAUCUGAUAGAGAUGCAUUUAUUAGAAGCCCAAAAUGAACUUUAGUCUUACUGGAAGGCAGCAUUUAAUCUCAAAUGGAAAAUCUUGCUUCUUCUGCAUCAAGAAAUUCCAAGUGUUUACUGAAUAAUUUAUCGUUAUAAAUAUUACAGCUGACUAAUGAUGCAAGUUCACUGAAUUCGGUUUUAGAAACUGGAUAGAUUUGAGUGUUUCACUGUAUGUUUGCAACAUAUUCAAGUUUGUCUUUAUUAACCUUACAGCCUUUUUGAUGUACUGGUACACAUGGUUCCAACUUGAGGUGCCGGCCCAAUAAAUUGUGUGUAAUUAAAACAAA